AUGUUCACAUCUGCAGCCACAGUAUGCACUCUUCAAAACAGCUUUGAGCCAAGUUUUGUGGCCAAGGGUGACUUUGUUAUCGGAGGGAUCUUUCCCCUCCACUAUAACCAGGAAAUGCCAGAUCUUAACAGCACCUACAGACCGCCACCAGUGAAGUGCAACGGAUUUGAUCCCAGGGCUUUCCGCUGGGCUCAGACCAUGAGGCUGGCAGUGGAGGAGAUAAACCAGAGUCCAGAGCUGUUGCCCAAUUACACCCUGGGGUACAAAAUCUUUGAUUCAUGUGCGUAUCCGCUGACCGGCCAGAGGGCUGCUCUGGCUGUGCUGAACGGGCUGAGCGAGGAUGACUCUCCCAUGUGCAGCAGCUCUUCUCCGCUUCUUGCUGUGAUUGGAGAGUCUGGUUCUGCUCAGUCCAUCGUGGUGUCAAGAAUCCUGCAGCCGUUCAGGAUCCCAAUGAUCAGCUACUUUUCUUCGUGUGCUUGUUUAACUGACAGAAGAAAAUAUCCGACCUUCUUCAGAGUUAUCCCCAAUGAUGACUAUCAGGUAAAGGCCAUCGCUCAGCUGCUGGUUCGCUUCAACUGGACCUGGGUGGGGCUCGUGCGAGGGGACCAUGAAUACGGCCGUUUCGCUGUGCAAGGCUUACUGAGGGAAUUACAGGGCACUAAAGUGUGUGUGGCGUACCAAGAAAUGAUCCCUCUGCUCUACAAUCAGCAGAGGGCACUGGAGAUCAUGGAGGUGAUGCGCAGCUCUUUGGCAAAAGUAGUGGUGGUGUUUUCAGCUGAGGGGGAAAUGACACCUUUCUUGAGAGACUACAUGGCACAAAACAUCACCGGAAUCCAGUGGGUGGCCAGCGAGGCCUGGGUCACAGCGUCUGUCUUCACCGGGAGCGAGUAUUACCCCUACCUGGGAGGCACCAUUGGGUUUGGCAUCAGGAAAGGUCAGAUCUCCAGACUCAGUGACUAUCUGCAGACAGUAAACCCUCACAAUUAUCCCAACAAUCCUCUGCUGUCGCCUUGUUCAGGACAGGAGUCUCUGUUGGAACAGCAUUCAGCCUACAUGAAUACAUCCAGCCCCAGAGUGGCCUAUAAUGUCUAUAAGGCUGUAUAUGCUGUCGCUCAUUCCCUGCACAACCUUCUUCGUUGCCAACCAGGCAGUGGACCCUUUCAGAACAACUCAUGUGCUCUAAGCAACAGCAUACUCCCCUGGCAGCUGCAGCACUACCUCCAGGAAGUCAAGUUCACCAUUGCAGAGGAAGAGGUGAACUUUGACCUGAAGGGCGACUCCAUCCCUUAUUAUGACGUUAUCAACUGGCAAAGAGGCACAAGCGGGAACAUUGAAUUUGUCAACGUGGGCUUGUUUGACGGAACCAAGCCUGCUGGAGAUGAGCUGGUGAUCCAGGAGGACAGGAUAAUGUGGGUGCCGGUGUCUGUAUGCAGUGCCAGCUGUCUUCCAGGGUCCAGGAAGGCUGUCCGUCGUGGGGAGCCUGUCUGCUGCUUUGACUGUGUACCAUGUGACAGUGGCAAAACUAGCAAUCAGACAAAUUCAAUAGAAUGCACAUUUUGUCCUGAGAACUUCUGGUCAAAUGAAGACAGAACGUCCUGCAUCCCCAAGAAGGUGGAGUUUCUGGCCUAUGACUCUUUGGGUAUAGCCCUGACGGUAAUCUCUGCGGUGGGUGCCUGCCUCACUAUAGCCGUUUUUGCGGUGUUCUUCCACCACAGAAACACAGCCAUCGUCCGUGUGAACAACUCCGAGCUCAGCUUCUUCAUCCUCUUCGCGCUGACGCUGUGUUUCCUCUGUUCUCUGGUUUUCAUCGGAGAGCCCACAUUCUGGUCCUGCAUGCUCCGCCACACUGCCUUUAGCAUCACAUUUUCACUCUGCAUCUCUUGCAUCCUUGGAAAGACUCUGGUGGUCUUGGCUGCUUUCACUGCCACCAGGCCAGGCAACAACAUCAUGAAGUGGCUGGGUCCAAAGCAGCAGAGGGCCAUUAUCUUUAGCUGCACUCUGGUUCAAGUGGUCAUCUGUGCCGCUUGGCUAAUUGACGCUCCCCCUUAUCCAUCCCGGAAUACUAAAUACGAACGCUCAAAGAUCAUCCUGGAGUGUAGUGUGGGAUCUAGUCUUGCUUUCUGGUGCGUUCUGGGAUAUAUUGGUCUGCAAGCCUGUCUCUGCUUUGUGCUGGCCUUUCUCGCCCGGAAGUUGCCGGGCAACUUCAAUGAGGCCAAGUUCAUCACUUUCAGCAUGUUGAUCUUCUGCGCUGUGUGGCUGGCAUUCAUCCCCGCUUACAUCAGCUCACCUGGAAACUAUGCAGACGCAGUGGAGUCAUUUGCCAUUCUGGCCUCCAGCUUUGGCCUGCUGUUCUGCCUGUUCGCUCCAAAGUGUUACAUUAUUCUACUGAAGCCAGAAAAAAAUACAAAACAGCAUCUAAUGGGAAAAGAAAAGAAGUAG